AUGAGUCUAAUCCAAGAACAAGGUGAUGAUAGAGAAAAUAUUUCAUUAGAUACACUUAUGCAAACAACAUGUACAGGUGAAAAUAAAUCCAUUGAUAAUUCACUAGAAGCAAAUGGCACAGGAGUUGAUCAGGGGAUAUGCUCUAAUAUUUUUCAGCUGAAAUUGCAAAAUCUUAAAUCAAGCUCACGAUAUGUUGCCCAUAUAUUACGAUCUAGAUGUAAUUUCCGUUUUUUAAUGAAUUCUAAACUUAAACUUAGAAUGGUAAUACUUCUAUCAUUAAUUGUCAUACUAUCAAGUUUUCAUAUACUUUCAGGGUCUUCAAUCAAAAACACUACCUAUUUUUUUUCUUCAAAUAACAGAUUAAAACCAGUAACAUCAAAAAAAGAUUUAUUAAGUUCAGAUUUUUCAUCAAUUUUGAAGGUAAAAUCUUUUAAGAAUAGACCGAUCAAUAAUAUUAUGAGAAAUCGUAAAUUUGAGGAAUAUUCUUUUAAUAGUUAUUUGACAAAUUUAGAUCCAGACUUUUUAAUUGACAAUCAUUCAAAAAAGUUUCAAAAUUUAGCUGAAGGAGAAAAAAAAGAUAUUGAAAAGAAAUUAGAUUGUGAUUCUUUAAAAUAUUCAUCGAAGAUAUCUUAUUCGUCAGAUCGAACGAUCAUUAGUGACGAUAUAAUUUCCAUCCGUAAACAAUUAUUAGACGCUAAUGACGAAUUCUCAAGGGCAAUUGUUGCUACUGAUGAGAAGGAUAAAGAGUUAGAUGAAAUCAUUAAAAAAAGAUGGUUCCAAUUUGGAGCUUCUAGUGUAUGGCUAGAAAGUGAACAAUGCUACUUAACAAUAUCAAGAAUACUUUAUACCCCUAAAGAAGAUAAAUCUCAGCCUAAAAUUUCUUUCCUACGUGCCCAAACGUUUGAUAGAAAUUGGAAUGAACUUACUGGCAAACGCAUAGCGAAAAUUGAUGUGGUUGCACCAGCCAAUAUUGAAAAAGAAUUAAAAAAAAUUGAUGACGAAUAUGGGCUUUCGAAUGGUUGUGAGUCUAUUGUAUCUGACCCAAACGUUUAUGAAAAAUGUAUUUCAAAGCAGAAUAACCAGCGACUCGAAGCCCAAGAAAGGAAAAAUCUGCUAUUAGAUAAAUACUUCGUGACAUACCCCACAAUUUAUAAAAUUCCGUUUGAUACCGAUGGUAAAUUUAGAGGUCCAGAAGAUCCAAGAAUUAUAUUACGAAAAAUUCAUAACAAUGAAGAGCCUGUUAUUAUCUUUAACAUGGGGAAUGAAGAAGGGCGUGGUAUUCACACAUUUUUGCCACACAGAGCUAUUGAACAAUUACAAAAAUUGAAAGUUUCUAAUUUUAAGGUUUUAAAGAAGGAGAAAAAUUGGACCCCAUUCUUUACUGAAGAUGAUAUACCUGCAUCGAUUUUAUUAAGAGGAUUUAUUCACUUUGUUUAUAGUUUUAGCCCUUUCCAAAUACUUAAAUGUUCCUUAGAUGAUGGGUAUUGUGACAUGAUAACAGGAGUAAAUUCUGAAAAAUUCAAAAGUUUCCAUGCAAUACGUGGGGCCUCUCAAUUUGUACCAUUACCAGAACCUAUCCCUCAGGUUCGAGACACACAAAUAUGGCUAGGUUUUCCAAAAACUCAUUCUUCAGGUUGUGGUUGUGGCUCACAUUUUUAUAGGCCCUUAAUGAUGUUAAUGAUUGAGCAUAAUGGACUUUUCCAUCAGGAAUUUAUUGCACCAAAUAUUAAUUUUAAUGUUAAUGUGCAGAGUUGGGAUCAUGGUGAUGCUCGAUGCGAUUGGAAUAACGUAAUGACUCCAAAUUCAAUUGCAGCUUGGGAUAUAGUUGAGCAUGAUCAUAAAUCAAAUAAAAUAGAAGAUUAUUUGGUGUUGACUUAUAGUGAGGCAGACGAAGUAUCCAAGGUAGUCAUUAUUAGAGGAUUGGUAAAUCACAUCCUUCAAAUGUAUCAUAAAAAAGACGUUUCUGAGAAAUAUACUCCUUCACCUUUCACACGGAACAUGAUGAAAAAGACUGUGUCUUGCGCUAUUAAUCAGCUUAGAGAUGACUGCGCAAAAUACGCAGAAAUUCACAACCUAUAA